AUGCAGCCCACUGCCCUCUUUGGAAUUCUGCUGCUUCUCUCUUCGCAAGCACAGGCCGCACCAUCGUCGCUUCACUCUCACCUCCAGCGCCACAGAGAACGCGCCGCAACACACGCUCACUUGAGCCACCAGCACGCAAAGUUAAACAAGAAAGUCGAGCCAGUCGAGCCCGAACCCGAAGCGAUGAAGACCUUCAGAGACAUCGUACCACUAUUUCAAAAUCUCAUCGCCACGCAAAAGCCCUCAUCACCGUCACCCUAUGUUGAGUCGACGUUGACGCCUCCUCCGUCUCCAAAGCACAAUGAUGCAGCAUCAGACCAUGUCGACUCAGACUCCGACGACUCACAGCAACUACGAGGAGUGAGGACGAACUCAGUCCGCGAGCAACAGACGUUACCUGACCGAGCUAAGCUGGCGGCGAUGGGUCGAGGGCAGAGCCGCGUGAGGUCGGUCGCGGAUAUCGUCGACAGCCGGCAUGCUGACUCUGCGAUGCGUUUGCUGCGAGCUCACGCUGUUGUCAAGCAUAACAAAUUUCAGCGUGAGAUUUGA